GUGUAACUGCCGGCAGUUGUACAGCGCGAUGGAGGUCAAGCGCGCCAAGGUCAAGAUCAAGGAGCCCGAGCCAGAGACACUGGCGUCCAUCUCGGAGGUCGCCGCCGUCAAAACAGGGCCUGUGAAUCGGCGUCGAGCGACCCGGCCAGCACUGGGAAAAGCUCCCCCCGAGCUAUCGGAACCCGAAGGCGCCCCUGCCGUCGCUCCGUUGUCAUCGCCCACCGACGAACAGAAAGGACAAUUCAUCCCACUCGAUCAAGUCCAGCGGCUCGUUCAACGCCUCUCGACGUCCCAAGAUCGGUUGGCCAAGCUGGCGCGCAUCGAGAAGGCCAUCGCUGACUUUCACGACGAAAUCGUCAACGCGACCACCGACGCCGACACGCGACGACCCGUGCCAACGGCAGACGGUGACACGCUUGCCGUCAUCAACUCGCUGCGCACGUACAUGCGUGUCCAGCGCGGCUUCAAAGAGGACUAUGAAAAGACGCUGAAAAUCUCGCUCAAGACGGCCACGGUGGCGCAAAAACUGGAAGAGAGCCAUAUCCGAGACGAACUGAUUGCGCUCCAGCGCGACCACAACGCGCUGCUUUUAGAAAGAGAAGUGCUUAUCGUCGAGAUGGAGCAGACCGAGCACGGCCGCGCCCUUCUUGUCCAAGAAGGCCUCGAUGCGCUCGAUCGCGAGCGUGUCGUGAACCAAAGCCUCCGCACCGAGCUCGAGAGCACCAAGAUUGAGCUUCAAAAAGCGCACGCCUGCGUGAGUACGCAAGCCAAGGCUCUGGAUGAGCGUGAGAACGAGCACCGAGCGAUGGCGUACGAGCUGGGUUUGCUCAAGCACACAGUUCACGAGCUCGAGUUUGGCAUGUUGCGCCGACGCAGCUCGACGGCGAUGAGUGUGAGCUCGCAGCAAGCGCCAAGCAGUGUCUCACCCCCGAAAACGGCCGCAUAUGCUGCGAGCGGGCGCGAACUGCGCCAAGCCCGCUUAAAGAUUGGCAGCCUCGAGGCCGAAGUUGCGGCCGCCCGAGAAACGAUUCUGAAUUUGAAAAGCAAGGUCCACAGUCUCAAGACAAGUUUGCGUUCGAAUGAGGUGCAAAAAGCCCAAAACGAAGCCCAGCGUCUGCGGAGCCGCGAGCAGAGCAAGGACGACCAGAUCGCGUCUUUGGAGACCGCGUUGCUGAAAACGCGGAGUCGCUUGCACGAGAAGGACUCGCGCCUGGCUGCUCUAAAGUCCGAGUACGACAAGAUCUUUGCUGCACUGCAGAAAGACAGCCCCCAGAAAGCAUCGGCAGCGCCAACGCGCGUCUCCAACGACGAGGCCAGUCGCAUUGCGAAUGACAAUGUAUAUGUCACCGAUUAUUACAAAUCGCGCUACGAACACCAAGCCCACGAGAUUUUGACGCUGCGCAAGCAAAUCAAGAAAUUGCUCUCGCUCGAACACAAACAAUACCACGACCAACACGCACGCGCCAAAGAGCACAGCCGGCUGCUCCAGAACUUCCAAGACCUCAAGCGGCAGCUGCAAGACGCUGCAAUGACCGCUGCCACCAACCAAAAGCUCGCCGAGUCGAACCAAACGACGCUGCUCCCAGCCUCCGACUACUUGUGCGACGAUCUUGGGAAACUUUUAGCGCGCCACGAAUUCCUCGAAAAUUUCUACCGGGACCACCCUGCUGGCGGCGGCUCUCCACUCGCUCAUGUCAUGACGGUCAAUGUGACGAUGGACCAACCGCCGCCACCACUGUUGCGGAGCGCGUCGACGCCGUCGGUGCUCGGUGUCAUCAAAAACGUGCGUCCGAAAUCGGCGGGGGUCACGAAACCCAAAGGCGUCGGCUUGACACGGCAAUCGUUCAAAGUUGGCGCCCUUUUAUAAGUAUCAAGUUGAUACAAUUGUGGUUUGGAGCCUCCUACACUCGAACUGGAUUCCAACUCUUUCUGAC